CCCCUCGCAGAGAGGCAGUGCGGCGCAGGCUCGGCUCGCGGGCACUCGCGGACCUUUUUCAGUGUGCUUGCCUUUUCUUCCCGUCAUUCCUGUUUCCGUUUUCUCGGGGCUCUUCGGAUUUUCCACCUCUGCGAGGCACUUGGCGCCCAGGGGUCUAGUGACGUCAUCAUUCUGCGCGGACACCCGCCGGUAAAAGAGGGAACUGCUUUGCUGCCCUACACUGCUUUUGUUGGGCUGCUGUUCGUCCGGAAUCAUGGCGCCGUCAUUGUGGAAGGGGCUGGUGGGCAUCGGCCUCUUUGCCCUGGCCCACGCGGCCUUUUCCGCUGCGCAGCAUCGUUCUUAUAUGCGAUUAACAGAAAAGGAAGAUGAAUCACUGCCAAUAGAUAUAGUUCUUCAGACACUUCUGGCCUUUGCAGUUACCUGUUAUGGUAUAGUUCAUAUUGCAGGGGAGUUUAAAGACAUGGAUGCCACUUCAGAACUAAAAAAUAAGACGUUUGACACAUUAAGAAAUCACCCAUCAUUUUAUGUGUUUAAUCAUCGUGGUAGCGUGCUGUUCCGGCCUUCAGAUACAACAAAUUCUUCAAACCAAGAUGCCCUGUCCUCCAACACAUCGUUGAAGUUACGAAAACUUGAAUCACUGCGUCGUUAAGAUUUUUACAAAUCAAAUCAUGACAACAGGACAGCACACAGAGCUGGAAUAUCGGAGUUUGGGGUAUAAAACACUCCCCCCCCAUCAGUAUUUAUAUUGAUCUUUCAGACCUAAUUAAAAAAAAGCUUAUGGCCCUUGUUUGUAAACUGUUAAUCAAAUCAUUGAUGCAGUAUAAAUUAUCUGUGAAAUGAGUCUUUGAUCUUUCAUAGAGAGAAUUCUUUUUGUUUGUUUAAAACAAAUUCUCAUCUUUUGUAAAAGUCACUGUUUUGAACACAGUUCUUUGAAAAAAAUGAUGGUUUUGUAAUUAUUUAUUUUCUUAGAUUUCUCUUUCUUUUGCACUACAGUUUUCAGGAUCCUUUUGGAAAUAGUGUGACUACUGCAUUUUGCAGCAUGAGUGAUAGUAAAAUGUUCUUCAGUGCUUAACAACAAAUGGACUUCUCUAAAGAGAUUUUAAAAGGUGACUUAAUCGGGUUUUUUAAUGCCCCCUAAAAUGGCUCUGCUUCAGCAGAUAGUUGUCAGUUUUUAAUUUAUCCGUGACUUUUCACCCCACCUGACUCCCAUAUACCUUCUAACAUCAGCUGUCUUGUUUAAUCACUUCUCUGGGGUUCUGUGCGCAGUGAGCAAUUUUUAUGUCCAAAAUUCUUUGUCACAACAAAUAUAUUUAACAAACUCAACUUGCUGUAAAAGCUACUUGUGAUCUUUUAUCGGUAAGAAGUUUCCCUAAUUGAUUAUGUAAUAUAAGAAUAGUUGAAGAUAGACCAAAAAGACCAUUUGUGAUUUAAUUAUCAUGCUUACCUAGAAGACUAGUAAUCAUGGAGGAAAGCUGAUUUUUCAUUAGGCAGUUUAACUUAUUCGAGGUCUGUUAUUUUAUUGCACGCCAUGCUAGUGAAUUAGUAAAAAUAAACUUCUCAUUAAAAGUAGACUUCAAAGGAAUUGGGCCAAAUAUGGUCUAAAUAUUUGAAACUAAUGUCUUUAAUUUAAAAAACAAUUAAGGUAAAAAAAAUUAAGAAACUGUUUUGUAGCUUCUGACUUCUAGCAGGCUUAGAGUUUUUCAUCUCCAUUGUAUGUUGCUGAAGAUGAGGAAGUGGAUACAGAGUAGAAUAUUUUUAGAAACAGUAAUUUUAGUUUUAGGGAAAUUUGGCUAGCUCUUUGAUCUGCAGAAAGCUUAACAUUUCUUUGUAGAGAACAUUGCUUUUAUUGAAUUCUACAGGUAUGAAAACAUUGCUUGUGUUGAAUUCUAUAGAUGUAAAGGGAAUAACUACAGAGAUUUGAAGAGGAAAUGUGCUUUAGGCAAGAAUCAGAUGAUGCCUUUACACUUGAUGGUAUUUUUUUCCAUUAGAAAUGAACCUCAGCUCUUCUGUUCUGCCUGGUAACACAGCCCCAAAGCAGAAGAUGAUUUAUUUUGUCUUUGGGUUUUUAUUGUUGUUUUAGUUUUGUUUUGCCAACCUAGUCUGUCUGUGGAACACUGACUCUGCUUUCUAAGGAGAACAAAGUUAGCAAUGUUCUGAUAACCCGAAAUCAUUUAGACAUGAGUUAAAAAUGUGAAGUCAGGGGUUGAAAGUGGUGAUGAUAAAAUCAAAGUAGUAGGGCUUGUAUACCGUUUGCUCGGGUAUGACAUGAUCUGUAAUAGCCUUUUGCUUGCUUCUCUCUUGGGGAUGUGUUCCUUUCCUAAUAUGGCUUUAUAACAACUUUAGUGAGAUGUAAUUCACAUAGCUUACAAUUUACCCAUUUAACAGGUACAUUUCAGUGAUUUUGUAACAUAGUCCUAAGUUGUGCAACCAUGCCCACAGUCAAUUUGGGAAUAUUGUCAUCGUCACCCCAAAAAGAAACCCUGCAUCCUCUAGCAGUCACAUCUCAUUUCACCCCAAUGCCUCCCAGUCCCAAGCAACCACUAGUCAAUCUACUUUUUUUUUUAAUCAAUCUACUUUUGAUCUCUAUGAUUGGCUAUCUAGUCUGGUCAUUUAAUCUAAAUGGAUUUGUACAAUAUCUGGUCUUUCAUGACUGGCUUCCCAAAUAUGGUUUUGUUCUAUGUGGAGUGAGAAUUUUUUUCUCAUCUUGGGAACUAACUGUGACUGCUGUGAAAGGAAGUCGUUGGUAAAAUCACUAGCUGUGAGGACGGAGGGUCAGCUACUUAACAGUUUAGUUUCUCAGUUAAUCUUAUGCCGAAUAGUUUUUCCUCAUAACCAAACAUUCGUGACAUACUACUACUUAUAAUAUUUUGGCUAGUUUCUAGAAUGGAUAUUGAAAUCUUUGCUUACCUAGUCAGGAAAGUCCUGCUAAAAAUGAUGCCAAAUAAUUUGGCAAAUAAUUGGCAUAGCAGUUUUCAGUCGUGUCUCACUUUGCUAGCAGCUUGUAUACCUCGGGCCAGGUGAGCUUCCCAAAUUUCUCCUUAAUUUCCUCCAGUGAAUUUCUGCUGUCUUUUUAAAGUAUGUACCAUAGGAUUAAAAGAGAUUUGGGUAUAUCAUAACAGUUCUAAAUGGAUUCAGUUCAGAAUUUAUAAUGUUAUGAGACAGGCCAUGACUACCUAAGGUAGUCCCCAAAAUGGAGUGCUGUGAGCUAGUUCAGCCGGCAGUGGACUAUGAUUCCAGGGGCAUUCCGACAUUUGAACUAUUGAAGGCUCUCCAGAAUAUAGGAAAACUCAUUUUUUAACCAGGGAACCAGCCAAAUGCUAUGGGCUGUUGGCCCAGCUGUGGAAAAUGUAGGUCGGGGGAACUGGAGACUACAAUGCUCUGUAGCUCCCGAGUGAUUGUUUCCUAAGCACUGUAGCUUCUUUUUCAGUGGCAUGGCAGCAUCUUCCUGGUUGUAUGUGGCCUGUUUCCAUGAUGUAUUGAGUAGUGUUUGUCGUGAGCAUCGAUGCCUGUAACACCAAGCUAAACACAGUCUUUUGGAUAUGUUUCCUCUCUUUAAAUGACCUUGCCCUGUCUAAUAAAUAAAUGAUUGUCUCACCCUCA